CAAGCGCAGUCGUGCGGCGGCGCAUGCCGACUUCUUCCUUUGGGGCACCCGUGCCAUACCAACUUGCUGCUUUAGAGCCGGAAGUGGGAAGGCGUGCGUGCAGAACCAGCUGCUAGAUCCGUGCACGCGGGAAAAGGCGAAGCGACCUGGGUUUGCAUUGGCAGGCAGAAUGCAACGGUGAGGAUGCAUGUUCUGAAAUCUUAAACCAUGAGUCUAGCACUAAAUGAUCUGCUCAUUUGCUGCCGGCAGUUAGAGCAUGACAGAGCUACAGAACGAAGGAAAGAAGUGGAUAAAUUUAAGCGCCUGAUUCAGGAUCCUGAAACAGUUCAACAUUUAGAUAGGCAUUCUGAUUCCAAACAAGGAAAAUAUCUGAAUUGGGAUGCUGUUUUCAGGUUUUUACAGAAGUACAUUCAAAAAGAAACGGAAAGUCUGAGAACAGCAAAGUCAAAUGUAUCAGCCACCACACAGAGCUCCAGACAGAAGAAGAUGCAAGAGAUCAGCAGUUUGGUCAGAUACUUCAUCAAAUGUGCAAACAGAAGAGCACCCAGGCUAAAAUGUCAAGACCUCUUGAAUUAUGUCAUGGAUACAGUGAAAGAUUCAUCUAAUGGUGUAACUUAUGGAGCUGACUGUAGCAACAUACUACUCAAAGACAUUCUUUCUGUGAGAAAAUACUGGUGUGAAGUAUCUCAGCAACAGUGGCUAGAAUUGUUUUCACUGUACUUCAGGCUGUAUCUCAAGCCAUCACAGGACAUUAAUAGAGUUUUAGUGGCUAGAAUAAUUCAUGCUGUCACCAGAGGAUGCUGUUCACAGACUGAUGGAUUACCUUCAAAGUUUUUAGAUCUUUUUUCCAAGGCUAUUCAGUAUGCCAGACAAGAAAAGAGCUCUCCUGGCUUAAGUCACAUCUUAGCAGCCCUUAACAUUUUCCUCAAGACUCUGGCUGUCAACUUCCGAAAACAGGUGUGCGAAGUAGGAGAUGAAAUUCUUCCUACCUUACUAUAUAUUUGGACUCAGCAUAGACUUAAUGAUUCUUUAAAAGAAGUAAUUAUUGAACUAAUUCAGCUGCAGAUUUAUAUCCAUCAUCCACAAGGAGCCAGAGCCCCUGAAGAAGGUGCUUACGAAUCCAUGAAAUGGAAAAGUAUCUUGUACAACUUAUAUGACUUGCUAGUGAAUGAGAUAAGCCAUAUAGGAAGUCGAGGGAAGUAUUCUUCAGGAUCUCGUAAUAUUGCUGUCAAGGAAAAUCUGAUUGACCUGAUGGCAGAUAUCUGUUACCAGCUUUUUGAUGCAGAUACCAGAUCCGUGGAGAUUUCUCAAUCUUAUGUGACACAAAGGGAAUCCACUGAUUACAGUGUACCUUGCAAAAGAAGGAAAAUAGACGUAGGCUGGGAAGUGAUAAAAGAUAAUCUUCAGAAGUCACAGAAUGAUUUUGAUCUUGUGCCUUGGCUACAGAUUACAACCCGAUUAAUAUCAAAAUAUCCUUCCAGUUUACCUAACUGUGAGCUGUCUCCAUUAAUACUGAUACUGUACCAGCUUCUGACUCAACAGCGACGUGGAGAACGCAUCCCAUAUGUGUUACGGUGCCUUAAGGAAGUUGCCUUAUGUCAAGGCAAGAAAUCAAACCUAGAAAGCUCUCAGAAGUCUGAUUUAUUGAAACUAUGGAUUAAAAUUUGGUCUAUUACCUUUCGUGGAAUAAGUUCUGGACAAACACAAACUGAAAACUUUGCUUUACUUGAGGCCAUCAUUCAAGGUAGUUUAGUUGAACUUGACAGAGAAUUCUGGAAGUUAUUUACUGGCUCAGCCUGUAAACCUUCAAGUCCUUCAGUAUGCUGCUUGACUUUGGCACUUAGCAUCUGUGUAGUUCCAGAUGCAAUAGAAAUGGGAACAGAACAAAGUGUGUGUGAAGCAAAUAGAAGUUUUUCUGUCAAGGAGUCAAUAAUGAGGUGGCUCUUGUUCUAUCAGUUGGAGGAUGACUUAGAAGACAGCACAGAGCUGCCUCCAAUUCUUCAGAGUAAUUUUCCUCAUCUUGUAGUGGAAAAAAUUCUUGUAAGUCUCACUAUGAAAAACUCAAAAGCUGCAAUGAAGUUUUUUCAAAGUGUGCCAGAAUGUGAACAAGACUGCGAAGAUAAAGAAGAGCCUUCAUUUUCAGAAGUAGAGGAACUGUUUCUUCAGACGACUUUUGACAAGAUGGAGUUUUUAACUACUGUCAAAGAGAAUGUUGUAGAAAAAUUUCAGUCUAGGGUUGGCUUCUCUGUCCAGCAAAAUCUCAAGGAAUCAUUGGAUCACUAUCUUCUGGGAUUAUCAGAACAGCUUUUAAGUAAUUACUCUUCUGAGAUUACAAGUUCUGAAACCCUUGUCCGGUGUUCAAGUCUUUUGGUGGGUGUUCUUGGCUGCUAUUGUUACCUGGGUAUAAUGACUGAGGACGAAGCCCAUAAAUCAGAAUUAUUCCAGAAAGCCAAGUCUCUGAUGCAAUGUGCAGGAGAAAGUAUCUCUCUGUUUAAAAAUAAAACAAAUGAGGAAUCAAGAAUUGGUUCAUUGAGAAAUGUGAUGCAUCUGUGUACAAGCUGCUUGUGUAUACACACCAAGCAUACGCCAAAUAAGAUUGCCUCUGGCUUUUUCCUACGAUUAUUGACAUCAAAGCUUAUGAAUGACAUUGCAGAUAUUUGUAAAAGUUUAGCAUCCUGUACGAAAAAGCCACUGGAUCACGGAGAAGUACGUCCAGGGAAAGAUGAUGAAGAUGGUGGUGGUUGUGACAGUCUGAUGGAGGCAGAGGGUCCAUCAUCCACUCGUCUUUCUAGGGCUUACCCUGCUAGUUCUGUGAGCGAUGCAAAUGAUUAUGGAGAGAACCAGAAUGCUGUUGGUGCCAUGAGUCCUUUAGCUGCCGACUACCUGUCCAAACAAGAUCAUCUUCUCUUAGACAUGCUCAGGUUCUUAGGCCGAUCUGUAACUGCAUCUCAGAGCCAUACUGUGUCGUUUAGAGGAGCUGACAUAAGAAGAAAAUUGUUACUGUUGCUUGAUUCUAGCAUACUCGAUCUCACGAAACCCCUCCACCUGCAUGUGUACUUAGUGCUCCUGAAGGAUCUCCCUGGAAGCGAGCAUUCAUUGCCAAUGGAGGAUGUUGUUGAACUUCUGCAACCAUUAUCCCUUGUGUGUUCUCUGCAUCGACGUGACCAAGAUGUCUGUAAAACGAUUCUAAGCAAUGUCCUUCAUAUAGUGACAAACCUAGGCCAGGGCAGUGUGGACAUGGAGAGCACACGGAUUGCUCAAGGACACUUCCUGACAGUGAUGGGAGCAUUUUGGCAUUUGACAAAGGAAAAGAAAUGUGUAUUCUCUGUAAGAAUGGCAUUAGUAAAGUGUCUUCAAACACUGCUUGAGGCCGAUCCAUAUUCCGAAUGGGCAAUUCUUAAUGUAAAGGGACAAGACUUUCCUGUAAAUGAAGCUUUUCCACAGUUUCUUGCUGACGAUCAUCAUCAAGUUCGGAUGUUGGCUGCAGGGUCAGUCAACAGAUUAUUUCAGGAUAUGAGACAAGGCGAUUUCUCCAGAGGCUUGAAAGCACUUCCUCUGAAGUUUCAGCAGACAUCUUUUAACAAUGCAUACACGACAGCAGAGGCGGGAAUCAGAGAACUGUUAUGCGAUUCUCAGAACCCUGAUCUUCUGGAUGAGAUCUAUAACAGAAAAUCUGUACUACUGAUGAUGAUAGCUGUGGUCUUGCACUGUAGCCCAGUCUGUGAAAAACAGGCUUUGUUUGCUUUAUGCAAGUCUGUGAAGGAAAACAGAUUAGAACCUCAUCUUGUGAAAAAGGUUUUAGAGAAAGUCUCCGAAUCGUUUGGAUGUAGAAGUUUAGAAGACUUCAUGAUUUCUCACCUAGACUACCUGGUUUUGGAAUGGCUGAACCUUCAAGAUACUGAAUAUAGCUUAUCUUCUUUUCCUUUUAUGUUAUUAAACUACACACGCCUUGAGGAUUUCUAUCGAUCUUGUUACAAGAUUUUGAUCCCACAUUUGGUAAUCAGAAGCCAUUUUGAUGAGGUGAAGUCCAUUGCUAAUCAGAUUCAAAAGUGCUGGAAAAGCCUGUUGGUAGAUUGCUUUCCGAAGAUUCUUGUGCACAUCCUUCCUUACUUUGCCUACGAGGGCACGAGAGACAGCUACGUAUCACAGAAGAGAGAGACUGCUACCAAGGUCUACGAUACUCUUAAAGGGGAAGACUUCCUAGGAAAACAGAUUGACCAAGUAUUCAUUGGUAAUUUGCCAGAGAUUGUGGUGGAGUUGCUGAUGACAUUGCAUGAGACAGCUGACUCAGCGGACUCGGACGCCAGUCAAAGCACCGCCGCCUUCUGUGAUUUUUCAGGGGAUUUGGAUCCUGCCCCCAACCCACCAUAUUUCCCCUCACAUGUCAUUCAGGCAACGUUUGCUUACAUCAGCAACUGUCAUAAAACCAAGUUUAAAAGCAUUCUAGAAAUUCUUUCUAAAAUCCCUGAUUCCUAUCAGAAAAUACUUCUGGCCAUUUGUGAACAAGCAGCUGAGACAAAUAAUGUCUUUAAAAAGCACAGAAUUCUUAAAAUAUAUCACCUGUUUGUUAGUUUAUUACUGAAAGAUAUACAGAGUGGCCUGGGAGGGGCUUGGGCCUUUGUCCUUCGCGAUGUUAUUUAUACUCUGAUUCACUACAUCAACAAAAGGUCUUCUCAUUUCACAGAUGUGUCCUUGCGUAGCUUUUCCCUUUGCUGUGACCUAUUAAGUCGAGUUUGUCAUACAGCUGUAACUCAAUGUAAGGAUGCUCUAGAAAGCCAUCUUCACGUUAUCGUUGGCACACUUAUUCCCCUUGUGGAUUAUCAGGAAGUUCAAGAACAGGUAUUGGACCUGUUGAAGUACUUAGUGAUAGAUAACAAAGACAAUAAAAACCUCUUUGUCACAAUUAAGCUUUUGGAUCCUUUUCCUGACCAUGUUAUUUUUAAGGAUUUGCGUCUUACUCAACAGAAAAUCAAAUAUAGUGGAGGACCUUUUUCACUCUUAGAGGAAAUAAACCAUUUUCUCUCAGUAAGUGCUUAUAAUCCACUUCCGCUGACCAGGCUUGAAGGACUGAAGGAUCUUCGAAGACAACUGGAACAACAUAAAGAUCAGAUGCUAGAUCUUCUCAGAGCAUCUCAGGAUAACCCACAAGAUGGCAUUGUGGUGAAGCUAGUUGUCAGCCUGUUGCAGUUAUCCAAGAUGGCAGUGAACCAGACUGGUGAAAGAGAAGUUCUAGAGGCUGUCGGAAGGUGUUUGGGAGAAAUAGGCCCUCUGGAUUUCUCCACCAUAGCUGUACAGCAUAACAAAGAUGUGUCCUAUACCAAAGCCUACGGGUUACCUGAAGACAGAGAACUUCAGUGGACCUUGAUAAUGCUGACUGCCCUCAACAAUACCCUGGUAGAGGACAGUGUCAAAAUUCGAUGUGCUGCUGCUACCUGUUUGAAAAACAUUUUGGCUACAAAGACUGGACAUAUUUUCUGGGAGAAUUAUAAGACAUCAGCGGAUCCAAUGCUGACCUAUCUACAACCUUUUAGAACAUCGAGGAAAAAGUUUUUAGAAGUGCCCCGAUCUGUUAAAGAAGAUGUUUUAGAAGGCCUGGAUGCUGUGAAUCUGUGGGUUCCUCAAAGUGAAAGUCAUGACAUUUGGAUAAAGACACUGACGUGUGCCUUUCUGGACAGUGGAGGCAUAAACAGUGAAAUUCUCCAGUUAUUAAAGCCAAUGUGUGAAGCGAAAACCGACUUCUGUCAGAUGUUGCUGCCAUACUUGAUCCAUGAUGUUUUACUCCAAGAUACACAUGAAUCGUGGAGAACUCUGCUGUCUGCGCAUGUCCGAGGAUUUUUCACUAGUUGUUUUAAGCAUUCCUCCCAAGCAAGCCGCUCAGCAACUCCUGCAAAUUCGGAUUCAGAGUCAGAGAGCUUUCUCCGAUGCUGUUUGGAUAAAAAGUCACAAAGAACCAUGCUUGCUGUUGUCGACUAUCUGAGAAGGCAAAAGAGACCUUCCUCGGGAACAGCCUUUGAUGACGCUUUCUGGCUGGAUUUGAAUUAUCUUGAGGUUGCGAAGGUGGCUCAGUCCUGCUCUGCUCACUUCACGGCCUUGCUCUACGCAGAGAUCUAUUCAGAUAAGAAAAGCACAGACGAGCAAGAGAAAAGAAGUCCAACAUUUGAAGAAGGAAGUCAAGGUACAACUAUUUCUAGUUUGAGUGAAAAAAGUAAAGAAGAAACUGGAAUAAGCUUACAGGAUCUUCUCUUAGAGAUCUACAGAAGUAUAGGAGAGCCGGACAGCCUGUAUGGCUGUGGAGGAGGGAAAAUGUUACAACCCCUUACUAGAAUACGGACCUAUGAACAUGAAGCAACGUGGGAGAAAGCCUUAGUAACUUAUGACCUGGAGACCAGCAUCUCCUCCUCCACCCGCCAGUCAGGAAUCAUCCAGGCCCUGCAGAAUUUGGGGCUCUCCCAUAUCCUGUCUGUCUAUCUGAAAGGAUUAGACUAUGAAAGACGAGAGUGGUGCGCUGAGCUGCAGGAGCUGCGUUACCAGGCGGCGUGGAGGAACAUGCAGUGGGGCCUCUGCGCUUCUGCCGGCCAAGAAGUAGAAGGAACCAGUUACCAUGAAUCAUUGUAUAAUGCUCUGCAGUGUCUAAGAAACAGAGAAUUCUCCACAUUUUAUGAAAGCCUCCGAUAUGCCAGGGUGAAAGAAGUUGAAGAGUUGAGUAAGGGCAGCCUUGAGUCUGUGUAUUCGCUGUAUCCCACACUUAGUAGAUUGCAGGCAAUUGGAGAACUGGAAAACAGUGGCGAGCUUUUCUCAAGGUCAGUCACAGACAGAGAGCGCUCUGAAGCAUACUUGAAGUGGCAGAGGCACUCCCAGCUUCUGAGAGACAGUGACUUCAGCUUUCAGGAGCCUCUCAUGGCUCUACGCACAGUCAUUCUGGAGACCCUGGUACAGAAGGACAUGGAGAGCUCUCAAGGAGCAUGCUCUAAGGACAUUCUCACCAAACACCUUGUUGAAUUCUCUGUUCUGGCUCGAACCUUCAAGAACACACAGCUCCCUGAAAAAGCAAUAUUCAAAAUUAAGCAAUAUAAUUCAGCUAUUUGUGGAAUUUCUGAGUGGCAUUUGGAAGAAGCACAAGUAUUCUGGGCAAAAAAGGAGCAGAGUCUUGCUCUGAGUAUUCUCAAGCAGAUGAUCAAGAAGUUGGAAUCCAGCUUUAAAGAUAAAGAGAAUGAUGCUGGUCUCAAAGUCAUAUACGCUGAGUGUCUAAGGGUUUGUGGCAGCUGGCUGGCAGAAACUUGCUUAGAAAACCCUGCAGUCAUCAUGCAGACCUAUCUAGAAAAGGCAGUGAAGGUUGCUGGAAGUUACGAUGGCAACAGCAGAGAGCUCAGAAAUGGACAGAUGAAGGCCUUUCUCUCAUUGGCAAGGUUCUCUGAUACUCAGUACCAGAGAAUUGAAAACUACAUGAAGUCAUCAGAAUUUGAAAACAAGCAAACUCUCUUAAAAAGAGCCAAAGAGGAAGUGGGCCUUCUAAGGGAACAUAAAAUUCAGACCAACAGAUACACAGUAAAGGUUCAGAGAGAACUGGAGCUGGACGAAUGUGCUCUCCGUGCACUGAGAGAGGAUCGCAAGCGUUUCCUGUGUAAAGCAGUGGAGAACUACAUCAACUGCUUACUAAGUGGGGAAGAGCAUGAUCUGUGGGUGUUCCGGCUUUGCUCCCUCUGGCUUGAAAAUUCUGGAGUUUCUGAAGUCAAUGGCAUGAUGAAGAAAGAUGGAAUGAAGAUUUCAUCCUAUAAGUUUUUGCCUCUCAUGUAUCAAUUGGCUGCUCGAAUGGGGACCAAAAUGACGGGAGGCUUAGGAUUUCAUGAGGUCCUCAAUAAUCUAAUCUCUAGGAUCUCACUGGAUCACCCCCAUCAUACUUUGUUCAUUAUACUGGCCUUAGCAAAUGCGAACAAAGAUGAAUUUUUGAGCAAAGCAGAGACAACAAGAAGGAGUCGAAUAAGCAAAAGCACAUCUAAAGAAAACGCUCACCUUGAUGAGGAUCGAACAGAGGCUGCAACCAGAAUCAUCCACUCCAUCAGAAGUAAGCGAUGUAAGAUGGUGAAGGACAUGGAGGCGCUCUGCGAUGCCUACAUCAUAUUGGCAAACAUGGAUGCCUCUCAGUGGAGGGCUCAGAGAAAAGGCAUCAAUAUUCCAGCCAACCAACCAAUCACUAAACUGAAAAAUUUAGAAGAUGUUGUUGUUCCCACUAUGGAAAUUAAGGUUGAUCCCACAGGAGAGUAUGAAAAUUUGGUGACUAUAAAAUCAUUUAAAACAGAAUUUCGCUUAGCCGGAGGCUUAAAUUUACCCAAAAUAAUAGAUUGUGUGGGUUCUGAUGGCAAGGAAAGGAGACAGCUUGUGAAGGGCCGCGAUGACCUGAGGCAAGAUGCUGUCAUGCAGCAGGUUUUCCAGAUGUGCAAUACACUACUGCAGAGAAACACCGAGACUAGAAAGAGGAAACUGACUAUCUGCACAUACAAGGUGGUUCCCCUUUCUCAGCGAAGCGGUGUUCUCGAGUGGUGCACAGGAACCGUUCCUAUUGGUGAAUAUCUUGUUAACAGCGAAGAAGGUGCACAUAGAAGAUACAGGCCAAAUGAUUUCAGCGCCAAUCAGUGCCAAAAGAAAAUGAUGGAAGUGCAGAAGAAGUCUUUUGAAGAGAAAUAUGAUACUUUCAUGACUAUUUGCCAAAACUUUGAACCAGUUUUCCGUUACUUCUGCAUGGAAAAAUUCUUGGACCCAGCUGUUUGGUUUGAGAAACGAUUGGCAUAUACGCGUAGUGUGGCCACAUCUUCUAUCGUCGGUUACAUCCUUGGACUUGGCGACAGGCACGUACAGAAUAUCUUGAUAAACGAGCAGUCGGCAGAGCUUGUGCACAUAGAUCUGGGAGUGGCCUUUGAACAGGGGAAGAUCCUUCCCACUCCAGAAACAGUUCCUUUUAGACUCAGCAGAGAUAUUGUGGACGGGAUGGGCAUCACCGGUGUGGAAGGUGUCUUCAGGAGGUGCUGUGAAAAAACGAUGGAAGUUAUGCGUAGUUCUCAGGAAACCCUGCUGACCAUCGUAGAGGUCCUUUUGUAUGAUCCGCUCUUUGAUUGGACUAUGAAUCCUUUAAAAGCUCUGUAUCUACAGCAGAGGCCAGAAGAUGAGUCCGACCUCCAUUCCACCCCCAAUGCAGAUGAUCAAGAAUGCAAACAAAGUCUUAGUGAUACUGACCAGAGUUUCAACAAAGUAGCUGAGCGUGUCUUGAUGAGGUUGCAAGAGAAACUGAAAGGCGUGGAGGAAGGCACUGUGCUCAGUGUGGGUGGACAGGUGAACUUGCUUAUCCAGCAGGCCAUGGAUCCCAAAAAUCUCAGCCGACUCUUCCCAGGAUGGAAAGCUUGGGUGUGACCCUCACCCUUAAACUCGAACUUCAGAAAUGACAUCUCACCCACCAUAUUUGGACGGGAAUUACUUAAGUGAAUAACUGCUUUUGAUCCAAUUUUCUACUUGACUGAUUACCACCCAAAUAUUAGUAUUUCUGCUCUCUUCUGUUAGAGGUAAUGGUCAGUCAAGAUCCACUCGUAGGAUACGUGCUGACUGUUAGGUCAUGCUUGUGCUACUGCAGUGAGAUUGCCGCAUACACACUGAACUGCAAAUACUGGGGGCAGCAGAGUGAGCUUUAUGCUGGUGUACAUGAAGACAAGUUCGUAACUUCUGCUCUAAAACAACCUUUAAUUAAAGCAUGUUUUCCAGAAUCUGUGUGUGUGAGCAUGUCACACACAUUAAGUAAUGAAGUACUCAAUAAUACUUUUCAAAAGGGACUCUUUAAAAUUAUAACUAUCACUAUAUCAUGGGAAUCCCUCAUUAGAAUGAAUGUAGGGCUGGAGUGUGGCUCAGUGGGAGAACAUGUGCCUAACCUGUAGGAGGCCCCAUAUUCAGACCAGAAUUGCAGAUUCAAGAGAAAAAAAAAAUGGAGCAUGUUGAAAGCAAGCAGUAUAGGUUGCACCUCCUUAAUUCUAAAGUCCAAAACAUGACACAUUUUCAUGUUGAAAACUUUCUGACAUAUUGGGCACAUUUUAGACUUGCACAUUAUAUUAGGCACAUAGCUAGUCUUAGCUCGCUGUCUGCAUGAAUGCUUCCCAACCUGGAAAUGUCUAAAACUGAAAGCAACUCUCAGCACACAUACACACACUCACAACAAUAAAGUAAACAACUUUUUUACAAAGGGAAAAGUAGAUUGCAUAGUUUCAGCUAUGUGCCCUGGAACUAACAGAUCCACCUCCUGGGGCCUCCCAAGGUGCGGAAGGAAGGUCGGUGUUAAAGGUGUGCACCACCAUAUUCCGCUUUAUUAACGUUCCAAGUCCUGGUCUGUCACUACCCAUCUUAAACACCACAUUGGGAUCUCUCUGAUAGUCUUGUUAAGGCAAGUGCUGGGUGGCCGGUUGUAUUGUUGAUUCUUGUCUGGGGGGCUAAUUGGUCAUUUUGUCAUUUUGAAAGGUGUGCUCACUUGUACACACAAGCACACAGUGUGUGGGAAUCCAGAGUGGCUUGGGUUAAGAGGGGUUCUUCUAGAUAGUUUGCUUCUGUUUCAUCCUCAGGGAUUUUACUGACAUUUCUUGGCUCCAGAGCUUUAGAUCUCAGGAGUAGGUGUAGAUUCCCAAGGGCAGCAGAGUCUUUCGGGCCGCAGUAGACCUGUUCUCUCUAAUCUGUAUGCUAAUGGGCAUAGUGUUGUAUUGAUACCCCUUAAAAUGAAAGCUAAACCUGUGUCUCACCGUGGUGGCAGGGUAAAGGGGUGCGUUUAAUGCUUCUCCCUUGCUGUUUGCAAGCCUGAUACCACGUGUGCGCGUGCGUGUGCGCGUGCGUGUGUGUCUGUGUGUGCGCGUGCGUGUGUGUGUGUGUGUGUGUGUGUGUGUGUGUGUUUGUGUAAUUUGUGUUGUUAACACAUAUAUUAUAUGUAUAUACAAAGCCAAACUACUCUUUUGGUUUCUGUAAACUGCUAUGAAACUAUUCUGCAUUUCAGCUUUCUUGUGUAUUUUGUAAGUAUUGUUAAAUGGAUAUUUGGUAUCUGCUUGACUGCAGUAAAUCAGGUGGAUGUAAUGAACCUAGAAUGUCUGUAAGCAAGUGUUGAUGUCUUCAUGGAUGGAGGAAGAUAAUUAGCUAAUGAUGUCUAGCUAAAUGAAUUUGUAAUUUGUUUUUGUAGUUAAUCCACUGAAGAGGUUGGAAUAGUUGAUCUACUCUUCACCCUUGAAUAGCAUUCCGUUAACAGAAUAUAUUCAGACUUCUUCGGUGGCUUUGAUAAAUCUAUAUCAAAAAUUUUCAGAUAAACCCAGAAGCUGCUACUUGAAAGGUGAAAAGGACUAAGUUAGAAAAUCUUUCCAACAGGCUUGAGUAAGAUGGGCUGUUACCAGGAGCCCAUGAGUGAUAGCUAGAUUUAUAGGUUACUAAAAAUCAGGUAUUUUCUUUAUGCUGAGUACCUGACAUGUCUAUCAGCAGCACCUCUGAUUCUUACAACAAAAGUUUGUAAUAUUCCUGACUGUGUCACAGACUAUCUGGAGAUAAGUUACUUGCCUGAGGACAGAAGACGUUGCACAUGUUCCUCACAGAAGCUGCUAGAAAAGGAGGAGGCAGCGUGUCUGUCUGUCUGCAGUAAAGGAGGCAGCACUCCUCUUCCAGCCCUAUGCUGCUGUACCUCUCAAAUGGUCCCCAGUCAGGUCCUAAGGCUAAGGUCAUCAUAGCGUUCAAUUAAAACAGAGAAAAAAGGGUGUGCCCCUAGAAAUCCAUCUCAACUCUAGAUGUGAUAAAAGGAAUAAACGCAAAAAGGAACUUAGAGCACCUUAAGGUUUAUAAAAACUGUCUUUUUUUUUUAAGUAGAAGGUCAGUAUGAAAUAGAAAAUGUGCCAUAUCAAAUAUUUUAGUUGCACCUUAGUAAAAUUAUGUAUGUUAUGUAGAUUUGUUUGGUGCUACUAAAUGUUUUUCAGUUAUGCUGUUUCCUGAAUUAUCAGUUUGUUUUAAAUAAAGAACUGUGGAAGUCUAUGCCGACUA